AUGAGUGCAAGGACGGACGAGGAAGCGACGAACGUGCAGGCAACUUCUGGCGUGACCAUGGAGGGACUGGAAAGGAAAUUGAAGGAGGGUUUGGGCGCAACCUACGUUGAGAUUGAAGAUCUGAGUGGCGGAUGCGGGCAAAUGUAUGAGGCCAUCAUCGUGUCUCCCCAGUUUGCCAAGAAGACCACUCUAGCACGGCAUCGGCUAGUCAACUCGACGUUGAAAGAGGAAAUUGCGGCGAUACAUGCGUGGACGCCAAAGUGCCAUACGCCAGAAGAGUGGGAGAAGAAGAAACCCCAGUAA